AUGUCCGAAAUCACAACCUCUGCCCCUUCAACGUCCCUCGUCAACGCCAAGUGGGACGUGGUCAUCUCCAACGCCAUUGUCAAGUCUGGUCUCGGUUUCGGAGCCGGCGUGCUGGCCUCCGUGUUGUUUUUCAGAAGAAGAGCCUUCCCAGUGUGGCUCGGUCUCGGCUUCGGUUUCGGAAGAGCCUACUCGGAAGGCGACUCCAUCUUCAGAGAAGCCGGUGUCAGAGAAGUUAAGGCAUGA